AUGGCCGACCAAGACUGGAGACUAACCCGUCUUCGGGAGAUCUCAACGAAUGCAACAACAUCAACUGACGUGGGUGCGAUUUUCUACAUGAUGCUUCGACAUUCAAGCAUCGGUGCUACUGAAAUUCCAUUCAAGCUCAAUGAGCAGCUGAGGGAAUUUGAUGGGUCAGCAAAUCUCGUCAUGCGGGUGAAAGAAAUCGGACAAGAGUUGAAAACAACACUGCUGGAAUCAGACCUCGAGGACGAGUCCUUCGUUAAAAACCAAAUUGAUCUUGCCCUGGACGAGCUUCAGCAGAUGAUCGAUGGCAUAUUUGAUGAUGGCGGACUCGCUAGAAUUACAAGAACUGUCGAUUAUGAUAUUACUAUCGUCGGUCCAGCUAUUCCAAUUCUUGCAACAGUCAGUGCUCCAGUUGCAGCCGCUGUCGCCGUAGCCGUUGGUAUCUUUGCCAUAUUUUCUUAG